AUGAGAGAACUUUUGAACAAAGUUUUAUACGGGUCAUCAAACCCCCAAAGCGUCUCUGCCAAUGAUGGCUCCCAGUCACUCCUUAUCCGACCUCAUCCUAAUAACGAAGACAUCCUCUUCGUCACCCCCACUGGCUUUCCCAAAGACGCACCUCCCCUCUACACAAUAUCUAAGCGCCCAACCAAUCCCAGUUUCCUUGUCCAUCGAGGCCCUCCAGCCCCUGAGAAUAUCAUUGCAACAGCCUCCAUGCACAUAAGCACUUCAACAGUCGAUAUGUCGGUGUACAAUCAGCCCAUGGUCAUCAAAUACAGCUCAAUGAGUGGCAGCUGGUCAUUUGACACGCAUAUGGGAAGGUUCAAGUGGAAACCGAAUCAGUACACUGGAUCAGGGUUUGAGUUGCAUGAUGGACAGGGGAAUAAGAUUGCCAAGUAUGGAAGUGCUGGGUUGAUGAACUUUGGUGAGAAGCAGAUUAGCGUCUAUGUGCCUGGUGAUGACUUCUUUACUGUCAUGGUGUUGCUAUCAGCUGUUGCUUCGAAGGAGUUAGCUGGGGUUAUUGAUGAGGUGGUAGGUGAGGUUACCGGUGCAUUGUUGGGCGCUUAG